UGACAGUUGAGUGGGGAUGGUCUCAUCACAACAUCAUCAGGGCGUUUCAGGCAACGCUCAGACUCUCAGUAGCUUCACUGCUUAUCCUGGAAUCGAUCCACCCUGGAUGGGACAAUAGUUCCUUACCGUGUAGACGACAUGAAAUGUUGAUGUGGCAAAAAUGAACAAACCCAAGAUGGCUACAGAGAAGGGUGUUCCCAGUAACUCUAGAGUGUUGAUGCUGCUGGGCCAGCUGGAGAAGAUAAAUGGCGAGGCAAUGGUGAGGGAUGCAGAAACUGCGCGGCAGGUCACUGCAAAGAUACUGCAUCUCAUACAGACCCAGGAGAAAAGUGGCAAGGAGGUGAUGUCUAAAGGUUCCAGUGGCAUGGAGGUCAUCCUGGCAUCACUGGAGAAUACCCGGGAUGUUCAAACCAUUCUGAACAUACUGUACAUUCUCAGUGAGCUGCUCACUGUUGGCAGAGGUCGCAGGGUGGGAGUAUUUGUUUCUAAAGGAGGAACAGGAAUAUUGUUUCAGAUUCUCCUCUCUAAUAGUAAAGAGUUGCCUCCCAGUGAAGAACUCAUGUUGCAGCUUCACUCACUGCUGGCGAAGGUUGGAUCUAAAGAUAGAAAAUUUGGAGUCAAGGCUCGUCUGAGUGGGGCACUGAAUGUCACAGUAAACUUAGUGAAACAAAAUCUACAGAACGCCAAGCUCCUUUUGCCCUGCCUGCAAGUUCUCAGGGUUUACUCUACCAACUCGGUGAAUGCUAUUUCACUGGGCAAAAAUGGAGUGGUGGAACUCAUGUUCAAGAUUAUUGCACCAUACAGUAAGAAGAACACCAGUCUGCUCAAGGUUGCGCUGGAUGCACUGGGAGCACUACUCAAAUCUAAAACCAAUGCUCGCCGUGCAGUGGAUGGUGGUCACGUGCCUGUCCUGCUAGCUUUGUACUUAGACUGGCAUCGCAACGACACCCGGCACCGUCAUAUGCUGAUCCGCAAAGGGCUGCUGGUCUCCCUCAGGAACAUCACCAACAUCAAACUUGGAAGGAAAGCAUUUUUAGAGGCUGAUGGCAUGAGGAUCCUCUACAACUCCUCUACUGAGUGUCUCCCAGUGCGAACUCUGGAUCCUCUGGUCAACACUUCAAGUCUCAUCAUGAGAAAGUGCUUUCCAAAAAACCGUCUGCCCCUGCCUACCAUCAAGUCAGCCUUUCAGUACCAGCUGCCACAUGUCCCUGCUGCAGGGCCAGUGGCACAGCUAUACAGCCAGCCUCCAGGGGUGGAUGAUGUCGUGGAUGAAAGUGACGAUAAUGACGAGACGGAAGCAGACACAGAGAAUGAUACUGAGAACGAAGAGGAUGAAAAGGACCAUCACACUUCUAAUGACGACAUUGAGACAGACCUGAACAAGCUGCAUCCUAAGAAGAACCCAGGUCGUCCAUUUGAGGAGCUGAGGGUCUAUGAGAGGUUCUUCUCUGAGCUCUCUGAAGACUUUCAAGGUUAUAACUUUGAAUGCUCAAAGACUGCCUCCAGCACAUCUUCAUCAUCAUCCUUCUCCUCAUCAACUGCCCCACCUCGAUCCCCUCGACCCAUUAUAGUCCCUACAGCUCAAGCACUGUCCCCAAAGCGUGUUCCUAUGUCAAGUUCUCAGGAGGAUGUCAACCCAACCAAAGGACAAAACCCACAGCUGCCUCCCUCCACUUCCACAUCCACUCCCCCCGCUCCUCUUACCCCUUUACAACUGGAUACCAUCCACCUUUCCAAGGAUCAAAACACAAAAGACGAGGCUCACAUUCCUUCCACAGACGGACAUGCAACCUUGUCCACCCUCACCAGGCCUCCUCCUCAAGGCCAGACCAUAGAACAGGAACUAGCGCAUGUGUUAGAGUGUGUUUCUUUAGAUGUGGAUGUUCCUCUAAAUGCAGAGGAAGGAAAUAAGGGAGUCAGACAAGAGGGAUGUGAAGUGAGUGCUACAAGACAAAUCCAGUCUCCUCUGCUGUUAGGAGGUAUUGCUACUCGCCGUGUGGGAGGAGGAGGAGGCAGCAACUGGGGUUCAGACUGUGGCUCAGAGGGACCCGAGGAUGAGGCAGGGGAAGGAGCAGUUCUCGAGGUACCAGAUACAGCUUUGCUCCUCCCACUGCAUGAUCCCGACGUCUACGUUGAGAUGGUGAAAGGAACACAUUCAGUACCCCAGUAUGCUGAGGUGGCUUACCCAGACUACUUUGGCCACAUAACCCCAACAUUUAGAGAACCUCAUCAGGAGAGAGUAUAUGGUGUGCAGAGGUCCAAGAUAUUCCAGGAUAUUGAGAGGUUGAUACAUCCUAAUGACAUCUUGGAUAAAGUAGUUUAUGACCUAGACAUUCCCAGUUGUCCUGUGAUUGAGGACGAUGGAGAAUCACUGAAAUUUAACUCUCAGUUUGAGUCUGGCAACCUUAGGAAGGCAAUUCAAGUUAGAAAGUAUGAGUAUGACCUAGUGCUGAAUUCAGACAUCAACAGUAAUCACUACCACCAGUGGUUCUACUUUGAGGUGAGCGGCAUGCGUGUUGGAACUACCUACCGCUUCAAUAUCAUCAACUGUGAGAAAUCAAACAGCCAGUUCAACUACGGUAUGCAGGUGCUGAUGUAUUCUGUGCAGGAAGCAAUCAGUGGCAGGCCUCGCUGGGUCAGAACAGGAACAGACAUCUGUUACUACAAGAACCAUUUUGCUAGAAGUUCCAUUGCAGCUGGUGGUCAGAAAGGAAAGUCCUAUUAUACACUGACCUUCAGCACAAGCUUCAGGCAUAAGGAUGAUGUCUGCUACUUUGCCUAUCAUUAUCCUUACACAUACUCUACACUCAAGAUGCACCUGUCCAAGCUGGAAGCUCUGAGGACUCCUCAGAUCUACUUGAGACAAGACGUCCUGUGUGAAACCCUGGGGGGCAACAGCUGCCCCCUUCUCACCAUCACUGCCAUGCCAGAGUCCAACUCCAACGAUCACAUCUGCCAGUUUAGAAACCGUCCAUUGAUCUUCUUGUCUGCCAGAGUGCACCCUGGAGAGACCAAUGCGAGCUGGGUAAUGAAGGGCACGCUGGAGUUCCUGAUGGGCACCAGCCCGCUGGCCAGCAGCCUUAGAGAGGCAUACAUCUUCAAGAUAGUCCCCAUGCUCAACCCUGAUGGAGUUGUAAAUGGAAAUCAUCGUUGUUCUCUGAGUGGAGAGGAUUUGAAUCGCCAGUGGCAGAAUCCCAAUCCUGAGCUUCACCCCACCAUCUACCACACUAAGAGUCUGCUGCAGUAUCUUGCACACAUACAAAGAGCACCCCUGGUGUUUUGCGACUACCAUGGUCAUUCCAGAAAGAAGAAUGUAUUCAUGUAUGGCUGCAGUGUGAAGGAGACAGUCUGGCAAUCGAAUAUAAGUGCUACAUCCAGCGACUUACAGGAGGACCUUGGAUACAGGGCACUUCCUAAAAUCCUGUCCCAGAUUGCCCCUGCUUUCAGCAUGGCCAGCUGCAGUUUUGUAGUAGAGCGCUCUAAAGAAUCAACAGCUCGUGUUGUGGUAUGGAGGGAGAUAGGAGUACAACGCAGCUAUACCAUGGAGAGCACACUCUGUGGAUGUGACCAGGGCAAGUAUAAGGGUCUUCAGAUUGGGACCAGAGAGCUUGAGGAGAUGGGAGCCCAGUUCUGUGUAGCCCUGCUGAGGCUGAAGAGGUUGACGGGGCUCCGCAACCACCAACACCUGCUAGAUCUGGAGAGCGACAUCAUUGGGAGUCAGUCAAAAGUCGUCAGUAGUUGUCCCACCACCUAUGUGAUGGAUGAGGACGAGCCGUCCUUUCUGGAGGCGAUAGACUACAGUGCAGAGAGCAACGAUGAGGAUGCUGAACCUGAAAACGAACACGGCAGCGAAGCCCACGAGAAUCCUGAUCACCUCGACCACCUGUCCGACUCUGAGACGAACCACAGGGACUAACACAGAUAACCGCUAACCAAAUAAAAGUUCAUUAAACUCUUCCUACAUGGCAACUUUAUCAUCUAAGCAGCCGUUGCUUAAAUUGUAAAAUAAUAAUAUUCAGAACUCACAUUUCUCACUUGACUGUAGAAAAAACAGCAUAGAUUCACACCUGAUCCUAUUAUAUAGACACUUUAUAAUGGCACAUAGCAACACUCAAGUGCUUUUUUCUGAUAUGGAUUGAUUUUUGUUGGCCCACUGGAGCCGUCUGUGAUCCUCCUGAAGGUGUGCUACUCACAUGUGUUUCGCUUCAGGCUGAUUUAAAAACCCUGAGUAAGAAUCAGGGUGGAUUUCAAUGAAUGUUUUCACCUAGGACUCACUGUCACGCUGUAACCUUCAUAAACUAUUAACUGUAAACCCUGACCUCAGACACCAUAUAGCCUCUGAGAUUCACACAGCUAAUCAGAGCAGCAGACACCGCCAAUCCUUAACUAAAAUCCUCGUACACUUCUCGUUUUUCACAGCCACUCUCACUGAGACUACUUGACAAGGCUGUGGUUUGUAGUAGAGGUGUGGGUACUGUUUUCCCUCAAAGUCCGAGCCAUUCUUUGAUCAUCACUGGACGCACAGUUGGGUUCAGACCCUGUGUUUGAUCAACACACAAAAAUGAUGAUUGAGAGAACUGGAUCCCCCCCCCCCCCCCCGACCAACAUAGAAAUGCAACCAACCUGCCUUCUAGGUCUUUUCCUUCUUUUCUUCACUAUCACCCAGCACUUUAUCUUUUUUCUCCCACAUAUUUUGUUCUUGGAGUAUUUUUUUUUUUUUUUUUUUUCGGGGCUCCUUCCUUUCUUACUGUCUAGCUCUGUAUGUUGUAUUAUAAAAGCUGUGGAUUAAUUUAACAUGAGAAAAAUGAUCAAGAAGAAAAAACCCUGAUUUUAUUACACAAGAGCCUCCUCACCUCUUUAACGUUUUGGACUUGGUUCACAUGGUCUGAUAGCCCUUCUGUUGUUUACUUUGCUUUAUCCCAAACUUUAUUAUAUAGACACAGUAUUAGAAUGUACAUGUCUUCAUCAAGACACACCUUGUAUAAUACAUAGAAUGCAAACAUAAAGGCACACCUCAAACUAACGUUGGUUUUGUUUGUUUGCUGCAGUAAAACACGAAAACGGAAUGUAAUAUAGUCACAUACACAGUAGCUGUUUUCAUUGUCUAAAGUAAUACACAGUAUUAUAUCAUACAAAGCAAAUAUAUUAGUAAUAAAUAAACAAGAGCAUGAGCUGCAGAGAGCAGAAAACCUUUUUGCACUUUGGAUAUACACUAUUACACACUGCUAUACAAGAAAAACAGACAGGCAAACUAUCACUUUACAAAAUGUCAGUUUGUUAACCUCAGAGUUCACCUCAUUAGUUUAACUUUCUCAAAGCUCAGCCCAAAGCUGAAGGUUACAUUGCUGUGAUGUUUUAAGAAAUUACUGGAAUUUUUUUUUUUCACAUUUCAUUUUUAUUCUGCAGUCUGUGUGUAAAACCUCGUGGAAAGACCCAUGCAUAAAAACAGAUGGUGCUCAAUGCUGAGACUAUAAAACAGAUGUAUGUUGGAUUAUUUCUUUCUCUUUUUAUGGAGAUGGUUUCUGUUGCAUUUGUACAGCUAGCGCAUGGCUACGUUUUGUUUUUAAUUUGUAAUUUAUUAUUGUUUCUGGAAUGCAACCUGUAUGUAUUUGAAGCAAGAGUGUGUAAAUCCAAGUGUGUGUACAGCUUUUUAACUUAUUCCAUUAUUCAGUUCAGCUAAUGCUCUUAUAGUGUGGCUUUUUCUUUCAAUUUGAUUAUCCCCUCUACUCUCCCCAAUCAUUCUCUCCUUCUCCACCCCUCCAACCCCUUUUAUCCACUCUUUUUUUUCCCUUUUAUCUUGGUCUUAUGUCCUUUUUCUCAUGAACAUGUUAUAAACCCAGGGACUUUUUUGUUGUUGUUCUGGGUGUGUGUUUGGUAAAAGAAUAAAUGAUUUCUAAGGUACGUGAAGUAAUAUUGGUACACUUUGAGAAUUGUGCGUGCUGUUUGUCUUCUGUAUUUAAUCAACACAAUGCUGGGCUUUUUAUUUUAUGUUUAUCUGAAGGAAAACAAACGGGCAUAGCAGCCCAUUUUAGGUUGAUUGUAAACCAGAAAAUUGAAAAUAAGAGUGACAACAUCCGAAAUAAAAUAUGAAUGUGGUAAA